AUUGAAGCAGGGGCGCACUUUUGGAAAUUAUAGCGGCGUAGCCUACGGAUGUAGCGGCGUACCAAGUUUACCAAAGGAAUUUAAAUAUCUGCAGGUUACUUCUCUAUCGGGGUUUCUCUGCAAUUUAUGUCGCUUUCUCCCAUGGGACGCAUUUGUGGCCAGAUAAGUAACGUUAGGCUAGCCUAUAACAAUUUCUCUAAUACAACCCAUGCGCCACAUUUCAGGUUUCGAUUUGUCCCCCCCAAAAGUUCUGACUUCCUUAAUUAUUACAGCUGGAAGUUGAGUUGCGCUACAGGGGUGAGUACGUUUUUAGCACCUCCUGCUCCUCGUAUACAGUGGAACAGUACUUCUGCAUAGGAUGACAUAUUUUCCUGGAUUUAUGAGCUGAUACUGUUCUCAAGAGUCUGUAGAUGGUACCCUGUAUCACUGGAGGAUCUUCCUGAGUUCAAGGACACUGAAGACUGGACAGAGACUGGACAAGAGGGUAACACCAACCAACCAACAAUGUCUUCCAUUGACCCCUACCAGUACAUUAUUGUGGAGCAGCAGUUCUCUCACAAGUUCAGAGUAACAGUGGUGCGAGCUAAGAAUGUCACUAAGGGAGCACUGGGUGACCUGUUGGACACUCCUGACCCCUAUGUGGAGCUGUUCAUUCCCACCACCCCUGAGAGCAGGAAACGAACGAGGCACAUAGACAACAACAUCCACCCAGAAUGGAAUGAGACCUUUGACUUCAUACUGGACCCAAACCAGGACAAUGUUCUAGAGAUAACAUUAAUGGACGCCAAUUACGUGAUGGACGAGAAGCUUGGGUCUGCAUCGUACAACAUCUCCAAGAUGUUGAAAACUGGCCACACAGAGACGGUGCCUUUCCUCAUCGGCAAAGCAACCAAUGUGUACUUAGAGAUGGCCCUGGAGGUCUGUACGAACCUGGACCUGCGGUUCAGCCUGACCCUGUGUGACAAGGAGAAACUAUUCAGACGGGCCCGCAGAGAGAGGGUGAUGCUGGGCAUCAAGAAGCUGCUGGACAUGGAAAAGCCCCGCUUCCUCCCCAGCACCCCUCAGGAGGUGCCGGUGAUCGCCAUAGUGGGUUCAGGGGGAGGCUUCAGGGCCAUGGUGGGCUUCUCUGGGGUUAUGAAGGGCCUGUAUGAGUCUGGGGUCCUGGACUGUGCCACCUACAUUGCUGGCCUCUCUGGAUCCACCUGGUACAUGUCGACCCUGUUCUCUCACCCAGAGUUCCCCUCUAAGGGUCCUAAGGAGAUCAACGCGGAGCUGAUGAAAAGAGUGAGCAGUAACCCUCUGAGACUGCUAUUGCCCCAGCACAUCACCAACUACAUCCAGUCUCUGUGGAGCAAGAAGGCCAACGGACAGCCCGUCACCUUCACUGACAUCUUCGGCAUGCUCAUCGGAGAGACACUCAUCCCUGCUAGGAUGGACACAAAGCUGAGUGAGUUGCAGGAGAAGGUGAACGAGGGCCAGUGUCCUCUCCCUCUGUUCACCUGUCUGCACGUCAAACCAGACGUGUCCGAGCUCAUGUUCGCAGACUGGGUGGAGUUCAGCCCGUAUGAGAUUGGAAUGGCAAAGUACGGAACGUUCAUGACCCCUGAUCUUUUUGGAAGCAAGUUCUUCAUGGGAAUCACUGUGAAGCAGUAUGAAGAGAACCCACUACAUUUCCUUAUGGGGGUUUGGGGGAGUGCCUUCUCCAUCCUCUUCAACAGAGUGCUGGGUGUCAAAGACACUGUCGGGGGGAGCACCAUGGAGGAAGAGCUCGAACAGUUAAAGCCUCAACACAUUGUGGGGGAGGACAGACUAGAUAAUGACGAGAGGCCUUGGAAAGGAGGCAAGGAGAACCCAGGGGCGGAAGAUGAGUACGGAACCGCACAGAACAGCUGGGUCCAGCGAAUGAUCACCUCCCUCUUCAGCGGCGACUCCUUGCUCAACACGCGAGAGGGAAGGGCGGGGAAGGUUCAUAAUUUCAUGCUAGGCCUCAACCUCAACACCAACAUGCCCUUCUCUACCUUCGGAGACUUUAUGUACCAGAACUCCUGCGCCUCCUUCGAGGAUGAGGUUGACGCUGUCACAGACCCAGAUGAGUUUGCUGGUAUCUACGAGCCACUGGACGUGAAGAGUAAGAAGAUCCACGUAGUGGACAGUGGUCUGACCUAUAACCUCCCGUACCCCCUCAUCCUGCGCCCGCAGCGUGGCGUCGACCUCAUCAUCUCCUUCGACUUCUCAGCCCGCCCCAGUGACUCCAGCCCACCCUUCAAGGAGCUGCUGCUGGCUGAGAAGUGGGCCCGGAUGAACAAGCUGCCAUUCCCUAAGAUCGACCCCAAGGUGUUUGACCGCGAGGGCCUGAAAGAGUGCUACAUCUUCAAGCCAAUAAAGGGGGAACGGAACUGCCCCACUGUCAUCCAUUUUGUCCUGGUCAACAUCAACUUCAGGAUGUUCAAAGCCCCUGGAGUGCCUCGUGAAACAGAACAGGAGAAGAAGAUGGCUGACUUUGACAUCUUUGAUGACCCCGAGACGCCGUACUCCACGUUUAACUUCCAGUACUCAAACCAGGCCUUCACACAACUCCACGACCUCAUGGAGUUCAAUACGCUCAACAACAUCGAGGUGAUAAAAGAGGCAAUUAAGGAGAGCAUUAUGUACAGGAAGGAGAAUCCCUCACGCUGCUCUGUGUCCCUCUCACUCAACGAGAUCCAGAACAAAAUGUUCCUGAAGCGGGAGAUGCGGGAGAAAGCCCGGAAGUGAGAGCCGGAAUGCUGGCAAAGCAACUUCAAGCUAUCAGACAAGACUUUGCGAAAUGACAUACAGAACCAGUCAAAAGUUAUUUCUACAUUUUUUUUUUACUAAAUAACACAUGGAAUCAUGUAGCAACCAAUAAAAAGUGUUAAACAAAUGAAGAUAUAUCUAAGAUUCUUCAAAGUAGCCACCCUUUGCCUUGAUGACAGCUUGGCAGACAUGCUCUCGACAUAAAGUAUUUAUUUCAA